CAGAACAGAACCAAACGCGUUGUGACGGACGGGGCAGUUGUCCUCUGUUUGUACUUCAUGGGUUUCCGUAGUUGAAAGUGUAAACAGUGGCGCAUGCACCCUGUCGCUUUGAAAUAUCUUCUCUUUCAAGGGACCUGAUGAUGAGUGAUAUGCGUCAGUCGUUGCUACGUCGAGAUGCGCUGAGCGCCGCUAAAGAGGUCCUGUACCAUCUGGAUAUCUACCUGUCUGGCCAGGUUCAGAAUAACCCCUCCCCCUCGGUGGACACGCCCACUCUGGAGCUAGUGGAGGAGUUUAUCCUGCACAGGAGGAUGAGUGCCUUACAGGAGCUGCAGCUGUUGGAGAUCAUGUGCAGCUGUUUCCAGGAACAGAGUCGAGACGCUGUGAGACAACUGAUCUUCUCUGCCCUGUUCACUCUACAAGGUAACCAGGCUGACGAGAGUCGCAUGGCGUUGCUAGGCAAGCUAGUCUCCAUGGCGAUCGCUGUGGGCAGGGUCCCCAUCCUGGAGUGUGCUGCUACCUGGUUACAGAGGUCCCAUCCUGUCUACUGUAGAAGACUAGUCAGAGUGUGUGUGUGUGUGUUCCAGAGGUCCCAUCCUGUCUACUGUAGAAGACUAGUCAGAGUGUUGGUGGAUGACUAUUGUUCCCUACUUCCUGGUUCCAUGGUUCCAACCCUCAACAACCUCAGCUGUUCCUGUCCUCCAUUCUGCUGCCAGUUCAUCACUGCUGUUACCACCCUGUAUGACCUCUCUACAGAGGAGUUGACUCCCCCUGUACAGCUGCUACAGAUGGUGGUGUCCUGGAUCCAAGACCAACCUCGAUUGGUCCUCAUCACUCUGCUGAACACGCCCCCCUCCUCCAGCCAGCCAAUCGGCUCCCUGGACCUCACACCGCUGGCUGGGCUGGUGCGCUGGUGUGUCAAAGCCCCAUUGGCUUACAGAAGAGACGGGAAGCAGGACUUGGCCAAUGGGACGACAGAGACUGAGCUGGAGGCAGGGCCUCUCUUCUCUGAGCUACAUCUCAGUGUCCUGCAGGUGUUGCUGCUCCUCCCGGGCGUUCUGAGAGAGAAGGGGCUUCUGGGUCGCCUGGCGUUGCUGCAGCCCGACCAGCUGACUUCUCUGAUCUCUGACCUCUCUGGUCUUCUGGAGGAGCUGAACCCUCUCCACUCGGAUACACAAGCACACAUCCAGCUCACUCUGGAUAGGCUGGCCCAGGCCCUGCAGGUGUCCAUGGCAGCAGGGGCGCUGCUCUGCUCUAGAGAGGACCUGAGAGCUCUCUGUUCCCGCCUCCCACACAACAAUUUGCUCCAGCUGGUGAUGUCUGGUCCAGUGCAGCAGAGUGGAUUCUACCCCCACAUCCACACCCCUCCUCUGGGGUACAGCCCCCGGCCCAGCCCCUUAGGACCUCACCCCUCCUCUCACUCUCCCUCCUUUCCUCCUCAACCUUUCCUUCCAAGCAUGGCCUUUCCCUUCCGCCCCAGCCACUAAAGAGAUGUGUGGACACAUGGAAGACAACAACGUUGGUGUAUACUGAGUAUUUGGACUGUUUGUCAAAUCAAUCUGUUUUUACCAUGUUUCAUUAAUAAAUUGUACACCCUUCCA